CUAAAACUAAAAAAGACAGUAGAAUGAAGGGAUUGACAUUUUUCUUGCGUAAUCUUAAAAGCGUCGUCCCCGAAACCGAAAAUGGUCGAGAUCGGUAAUAGCGUCUACUCACCGUCCGAUCAGUCUCUCUCGCCCCACCCUCAUCUCUGCAUCACGAUGGAGGAGGAGGGGAGCGAGCAGGUGGUUGUGGAAGAUGACCUUCCAAUCGAAGACGACGACCCUGAUCUCGGUAUUGACCUCGACGACGACUGUGAUGGAUUGCUUCAGAUUGCAGCUAACAACACUCUCGAGACUGAAACUGGAAUUGGAUGCGAUGCGCCUCCCACUAGACCUGCUCCAGCUCCUGGGAUGGAGUUCGAGUCGUACGAUGAUGCGUACAGUUACUACAACUCGUACGCCCGCGAGCUCGGGUUCGCUAUCCGUGUGAAAUCCUCCUGGACAAAGCGUAACAGCAAGGAGAAACGUGGCGCUGUCUUGUGCUGCAACUGCCAAGGUUUCAAGAUGGUUAAAGAAGCCAACAGCCGUAGGAAGGAGACCCGAACUGGUUGCCAGGCUAUGAUUCGCCUCAGAUUGAUUGAUUCUGAUCGAUGGAAAGUUGAUCAAGUCAAACUCGACCACAACCACUCCUUCGAUCCUCAAAGAGCCCACAAUUCCAAGUCUCACAAGAAGAACAAGUCAUCCUCCUCUGCUUCUGCUUCUGCUUCUGCUUCUAGUUAUUCUAAUACACAACCUCAACCUCCUCCUCUCCAUGUCCAAGUCCGCACUAUCAAAUUGUAUCGCGUUGUUGACACUCCCCCGCCUCAUGGCUCUUCCACCUCCGCCGGCCAUCCUUUCCACUCUUCUAGGCCUUUGGACCUCCCAGGAGGUGGUUUUAGGCACUUGCAGGAUUUCUUCUUCCACUUUCAGCUUACCAACCCCAACUUUCUUUACCUCAUGGAUCUUACCGAUGACGGCUCUCUCAGGACCGUCUUCUGGAUUGACGCUCGAGCUAGGGCUGCCUACUCUCACUUUGGCGACGUUGUCUUCUUUGACACCACUUGUUUAUCAAACUCCUACAAGCUUCCCCUUAUCGCUUUCGUUGGUAUCGACCACCAUGGCGAUUCCAUCUUACUCGGCUGUGCUUUGCUUCCUGACCAGAGCUUUGACACCUACCUCUGGCUCUUCAGAGCGUGGCUCACGUGCAUGCUAGGCCGCCCCCCACAGACCUUCAUCACCCAACAGUGCAAGGCUAUGCGGACUGCUGUCUCUCAAGUCUUCCCAAGGGCUCAUCAUCGUCUCAGCUUGACCCACGUCUUGCACAACAUCUUUCAGAGCGUUGUCCAACUGCAACAAGAUUCUGACUUGUUCCGUAUGGUACUCAACAGAGUGGUCUACGGUUGUCUCAAGGUCGAAGAGUUUGAAACAGCUUGGGAAGAGAUGAUCAUUAGGUUUGGGCUGACAGAUCACGAGACCAUCCGUUAUGUGUUUCAAGAUCGAGAACAAUGGGCUCCAGUUUACCUCAAGGAUACAUUUUUAGCCGGGGCGCUGACUUUUCCAUUGGGAGAUGUGGCAGCCCCAUUCAUCUUCAGUGGCUACGUUCAUGAGAACACAUCCCUGAGAGAAUUCCUUGAAGGGUACGAAUCUUUUCUGGAUGGAAAGUACACAAGACAAGCCUUGUGCGAUUCAGAGUCCUCAAAGUUUAUCCCCGAGCUCAAAACAACGCACCCCUACGAGUCUCAGAUGGCAAAUGUCUUCACAGUGGAGAUAUUUAGAAGGUUCCAAGACGAGGUCUCGGCAAUGUCUUCAUGUUUUGGAAUAACGCAAGUCCACUCAAACGGCUCGGCCUCCUCGUACGUGGUGAAAGAGCGGGAAGGAGAGAAAGUGAGAGACUUUGAGGUCAUCUACGAGACUAGUGCAGAAGCACAAGUACGUUGCUUCUGUGUUUGUGGUGGUUUCAGCUUCAAUGGAUACCAAUGCAGACACGUCCUCCUAGUACUCAGCCACAACGGGUUGCAGGAAGUCCCGCCCCAGUAUAUACUGAGAAGAUGGCGGAAGGACGUGAAACGUCUUUAUGUGGCGGAUUUUGGGUCAGGUCGCGUGGACAUAAUGAAUCAGGAUCAAUGGUAUGAGCAUCUGCACAGAAAAGCGAUGCAGGUUGUUGAACAAGGAAUGAGAUCGAAAGAGCAUUGCAGAGUUGCCUGGGAAGCGUUAAAAGAGGGUAGGAAUAGGGUUCAAUUUGUGACUGAGAAGCCUUCUUAGAUACUUACCACUCCACUGUCUUUGUUCGAGCUGGUUAGAAUCUAAUAAUCAUAGUUAGAGCGAAUCUUCUUGUAGUAGAGAUCCCAAUGCUCCAAAUGUAGUGUGUGGGUUAUUUCACAGGUCCUUGGAAAUAUGACAUUUUUAACGCCUUGUACGGAUAAUAACAUCAAAUGCUCCCAUAAUUGAUUUGAUGAGAUAAAAGAAACUUGGUCUUUUCAAUUUA